AUGGUCCCUCCAUCAAAAAAGCGCAAGCUCCCCGCCGCAACCGGUCCCGCCACGAAACGAUCGAAAAACAUACCCAAACCUUCAAGCUCCAAGAAGAAGAGCGGAAAGGAGUCGCGCAGUACCGUAGAGGCCGGUGCGCUUUCCUGGGCUUCAGUCGGAGAAGACUUCGGCGGACUUGAGGUCAUUGAGGGCGUGGACGUUGUCAAGGAUGGUAACCGAGUGCAAUUCCUGGUGUCUGGCGACAAGAACAAAAGCAACAUAAUCGACCCCCAACAAGAAGUUGUCGAUGGCGAUCGACCUUUUGAAGGGUUUGGCGACGACGCUGUGGAGGUCGGGGAUAUCGAUUCCGGCGAAGUUGGCAGUGAUCAAGCUGGCGCUGAGAGCAAGAAACCUCAAGGGAAGAAUAAGGGCAAGAAUGAGCCAAAAGAAGGGCAAGAAAAAGCAGACCAAGAAACCAACAAAAAGCAGAAACAAAAACAGAACAAGAACAAACUGGAUGGGAAGAACGGUGCCGGCAACAAACAAGACGAGCAGCUGGUCAAGGCCGCGCAAGGCGUACAAAAGUCCUCUACACGCGGGGGCAACACGUUCGGCGCGCUGGCCGAUGGGAACGACUACAAAGACCAAGAAGACGUCGACAUGGCGGCCUGGGUUUCUCUGAACCUGUCACCCCAGAUCAUUUCGGCCAUCGCAAAGCUCAAGUUCAUGAAGCCGACCAAGAUUCAGAAGAGGACGAUUCCCGAGAUUGUGGCUGGCCAUGACGUUAUCGGCAAGGCGCAAACAGGUUCCGGAAAGACUCUCGCAUUCGGUAUUCCCAUGGUGGAGCGGUGGUUGGAGAUGCAGGAGCAAGGUGUCAAGAGAACGGGUCCCAUGUCUUUGGUGCUUUCUCCGACCCGAGAAUUGGCCAAGCAGCUUGGAGACCAUCUCAAGGCACUAUGCGACGGCCUCCCUAGCGCACCGUACGUGUGUGUUGUGACAGGUGGUCUCAGUAUUCUAAAGCAGCAGCGACAGCUGGAGAAGGCCGAUAUUGUCAUUGGUACACCCGGUCGUCUUUGGGAGGUUCUUAGUGGUGACCGAGCUCUGCAAAGCAAAUUUGCCAAGAUCAGAUUCCUUGUUGUCGAUGAAGCGGAUCGACUUUUCAAGGUUGGACAGUUCAAGGAGGCAGAAGAUAUUAUUGGAGCUCUUGAUGGAAAGAGCCCCGGUGAUGACGCUGAAAGCGAGGAGGAGUCGGAGGACGAGGAUGAGGAUGAUGAGGGUGCUGCACGACAGACCCUCGUCUUUUCAGCUACUUUUGACAAGGACCUCCAGACUAAGCUGGCUGGCAAGGGCAAAUCUUCAGGAAAUGACGACGAGAAGAUGGCGUAUCUGAUGAAGUGCCUCAAGUUUAGGGGCGAGCCCAAAUUUAUCGAUGUCAACCCUGUCAGUCAGAUGGCCGAAGGUCUCAGGGAGGGACUUAUUGAGUGUGGUGCUAUGGAAAAAGAUCUCUACCUUUACACUGUUCUUAUUUUAAACCCCGGCCGCCGCACUCUGGUUUUCACAAAUUCCAUCUCUGCUGUUCGCCGUCUUACACCCCUGCUUACGAACCUCAACCUUACAGCUCUGCCCCUACACUCUCAAAUGGCACAGAAGGCGCGUCAUCGUUCUCUCGAACGCUUCACUGCUUCCCGCAACUCCAUCCUUAUUGCUACUGAUGUUGCUGCUCGUGGUCUUGAUAUCAAGGAGGUUGACCAAGUCCUGCACUAUCACGUUCCUCGAUCUGCGGAUACUUACAUCCAUCGAUCUGGUCGUACAGCUCGUGGCGAGUCCAGCGGUAUUAGUGUAAUCCUUUGUGCUCCUGAAGAGGUUCUUCCCACACGUCGUCUCGCAAGCAAAGUUCACGCCGAGCGCAGCGCGGGUGUCAAGAGAGAGCAUUUCAUCCAGACUCUUAUGAUUGACCGCAAGGCCGCAUCGCGCCUUAAGCCUCGUGUGGAUUUGGCCAAGAAGAUCGCUGAUACAAUACUUGCCAAGGAAAAGGCCCACAGCGACGAUACAUGGCUGCGCAAUGCUGCCGAUGAGCUCGGCGUAGAAUAUGACUCCGACGACCUCGAGGAAAUCAACGCGGGUGGUGGUAAGGGUGGUCGUGGUGGUGGACGAAAGAGAAAGGAGCAAACAGCCAAGCAGCUCACCAAGGCGGAAAUGGGCGCUCUCAAGGCUCAGUUGAGAGAGGAGCUAAGCAGGAGAGUGAACCUGGGUGUGAGCGAGAGGUAUAUCACAGGCGGAAGAGUUGAUGUCAGUGCACUAUUGAGAGAAGGACAGCAAGGAGGUAUGUUUUUGGGCAACACAGAUGGAUUGGGCUUCGACCUGUAG